AAAAAUAGUACGAACAAAAUAGCAAAGGAGGUCGACGAAAGAUAUAGAAUAUAGACUAGAUCUAUACUUAAUAAUAAUAUAGUCUUUUAGUUAGAGAUCUAGUCUAGAUGAUUAUGAUAGAUCUAGAAGCAGAUAGAUCCUAGAUCUAGAUAUUGAUACACAUGGAAAUAUAAAUAUAUUAUAAACUAGAUGCAUAACACGUAGACUCUUGUGACUUGUCGUAGGACGUAUUCAUUCAUCUUCUUUUUUGAAGUAACGUCUGUAGUUUUCUAAUCACUAAUUUCACUGGUAGUUGUUUGAGAUGUCUGGGUCCUUGUUUUGGCAAAGGCUGUUUCUUCACAGAUGGCAAAGACAGAUGAAGUAUUUGACUAAAAUCACUAGUAAAAAUGCUCUAAAUAAAAACUUACAGCACAGGCACAUAUCAACCACACUGCAGUUACUGAAUCAGAGUAAACCACUUCAGUUUGACUUAAGCAGCUUCCCAGUUGAAAAUAUUAGAAACUUUUGCAUCAUAGCACAUGUGGAUCAUGGGAAAAGUACACUAGCAGAUAGACUUUUAGAAAUAACAGGAACAAUACCAAAGGGGAACAACCAGCAGGUCCUUGACAAACUGCCUGUCGAGAGAGAAAGGGGAAUAACUGUUAAAGCUCAAACAGCCAGUUUAAUUUAUAGAUACAAUGAUCAAGAUUACUUACUUAACCUGAUUGAUACACCAGGUCAUGUUGAUUUUCAUUAUGAAGUUUCACGUUCUCUAGCUGCUUGUCAAGGAGUUAUCUUACUUGUUGAUGCUAACCAGGGAGUUCAGGCUCAGACUGUUGCCAACUUUUAUUUAGCUUUUGAGGCUGAACUAACUAUAAUUCCCGUUUUAAACAAAAUUGAUUUGAAAAAUGCGCAAGUGGAAGUUGUAUCAGACCAGAUUCACAACCUGUUUGACUUGGACAAGAAAGAUAUCUUAAAGAUUUCUGCUAAACAAGGAACAGGUGUGGAGGAAGUUUUGAAGGCAGUCAUUGAGAGGAUACCUUGUCCCAAAUUUGAUAAAACCAAGCCACUUAGAGCUUUUGUUUUUGACUCUUGGUAUGAUCGCUUCAAAGGAGUGGUAGCCCAUUUUGCCAUUUGUGAUGGUAUUAUUAAAGAAGGUGAUAGAAUAUUGUGUAACAGCACAAAGAAAAAUUAUGAGGUAACUGAAAUUGGCAUUAUGUACCCAGAUCAAGUUUCUACCGGGGUUUUGUUUGCUGGCCAGGUAGGCUAUGCCAUGAUGAACAUGAAGAAUACAGAUGAGGCUAAAAUUGGGGACACCUUCUAUCAUGAAAAUCAAACAGUCAAACCUCUGCCAGGGUUUAAAGAAGCAAUUCCAAUGGUUUUUGCUGGGAUGUUUCCAAUGGAGCAUUCAGAGUUCCUUCAGUUGAAAAGUGCAAUAGAGAAAUUAACUUUAAAUGAUCGCAGUGUGCAAGUUCGAAUGGACAGUAGUCCAGUGUUAGGUCAAGGUUACAGACUUGGUUUUCUGGGUCUCCUACACAUGGAGGUCUUCAACCAAAGAUUAGAGCAAGAGUUUGAUGCCUCUGUUAUAAUCACUGCACCGAAUAUAGCAUUUAAAGUAAAAAUAAAAGGUGAAAAGAAUAUCAAACAGUAUGGCUCAGAAGAACUUCUUGUUUUGAAUCCGUGUCUGAUGCCCAGUAUAGAUAUCAUCACUGAAUACCAAGAACCAAUGGUUAAUGGGACCAUCAUCUCACCUGCUGAGUAUAUCAAUUCCAUCACCGAACUAUGUCUUAACCAUCGAGGACGUUUGAAAGACCAGUCCUACAUUGAUGAUACCAGAGUCUUGUUUAAAGUUUUGUUUCCACUCUCUGAAAUCCUCGUGGAUUUCUUUGAUAAGCUCAAAUCUCUGUCUUCAGGUUACGCCAGUUUUGACUAUGAAGAUGCUGGUUUUGAGAUCACUGACUUGGUUAAGGUGGACUUUACAUUAAAUGGUCGUGAGGUGGAGGAGCUGACUUUAAUAUGUCAUGUCUCCAGAGCUAGAGAUAUGGCUAAAAGAGUCUGUGAGAGACUUAAAGCGACCAUUCCCCGACAGCAGUUUGUGAUCGCUGUUCAGGGUAAAGUGAAUCAGAAGGUCAUUGCCAGGGAAGACAUCAAGGCCUACAGAAAAGAUGUGACAGCUAAAUGUUAUGGUGGUGACAUCACAAGAAAGAUGAAGCUUUUAAAAAGCCAAGCAGAAGGAAAGAAAAAACUUCGAAUGAUUGGAAACAUUGAAAUACCAAAAGAUGCCUUUAUAAAAAUACUUCAGAAGUGAUGGGAUGCUAGAUACUUAGGGUUUGAGAUACGUUUGUAUCAAAUGAAUGUGUACAUAAGUUAUUUUAAUGUAUUUUAAGGAAAUUCAACAGUAUGUCUGUUAAUAAAUCAAAGUUAGGGUUUGAGAUACGUUUGUAUCAAAUGAAUGUGUACAUAAGUUAUUUUAAUGUAUUUUAAGGAAAUUCAACAGUAUGUCUGUUAAUAAAUCAAAGUUAGGGUUUGAGAUAUGUUUGUAUCAAAUAAAUGUAUACAUAAGUUAUUUUAAUGUAUUUUAAGGAAAUUCAACAGUAUGUCUGUUAAUAAAUCAAAGUUAGGGUUUGAGAUAUGUGUGUAUCAAAUAAAUGUAUACAUAAGUUAUUUUAAUGUAUUUUAAGGAAAUACAACAGUAUGUCUGUUAAUAAAUCAAAGUUAGGGUUUAUUUUGAGAUAUGUGUGUAUCAAAUAAAUGAAUGUAUACAUGAAGUUAUUUUAAUGUAUUUUAAGGAAAUUCAACAGUAUGUCUGUUAAUAAAUCAAAGUUAGGGUUUGAGAUAUGUUUGUAUCAAAUAAAUGUAUACAUAAGUUAUUUUAAUGUAUUUUAAGGAAAUUCAACAGUAUGUCUGUUAAUAAAUCAAAGUUAGGGUUUGAGAUAUGUGUGUAUCAAAUAAAUGUAUACAUAAGUUAUUUUAAUGUAUUUUAAGGAAAUACAACAGUAUGUCUGUUAAUAAAUCAAAGUUAGGGUUUAUUUUGAGAUAUGUGUGUAUCAAAUAAAUGAAUGUAUACAUGAAGUUAUUUUAAUGUAUUUUAAGGAAAUUAUUCAACAGUAUGUCUGUUAAUAAAUCAAAGAUGACAACAGUUGAAUAUUUUUAAUAAAAUGGAUUUAGAAA